GUUGAUAGGUCAAAGAUGACGGCUAAGAUGGCGGCGUCCAUGGUGGAGCAGGGCGAGGACGCGUUCAGGAAAUUGUUCAAGUUUUAUAAACGGAGAAAUCCGCCUCCGGAUUUUAGUGAAGUCAUUGAUUUCUCUAAGCAACUUGGAAAUGAUCUAGUUUAUACAGCCGAGCUGAACCAUGGAGGUGUUAGUGAGGAAGCCUCGUCCAGAGCAGGACUUCAGCCUGUUAGACAGUGGAGAGCGUUUGGUCUUCAUGGAGCUCCAGGGUUUCUUUUUAUCUCCAAUCCGUUCCUUCCUGGCUCACAGCACCACUGGGUCAAACAGUGUAUGAAGACGUACACACAGAAACCCAACGUGUGUAACCUGGACAUGCACAUGUCACCUGCAGAAACGGAGAACAUCUGGGAGAAGAGCGUAGACGGCAUCCGGAAGAAAGGCCAGAGGGAGCCGAGGACGCUGCUGGAGAAGCUUCGCUGGGUGACUCUGGGUUACCAUUACAACUGGGAUACUAAGACCUAUUCUCCUGAACACUGCACUCCUUUCCCCGAGGACCUCCACUGUUUGUCCCACACAGUAGCAGCGGCUUGUGGUUUUCCCGGCUUCAGAGCAGAGGCAGGAAUUCUCAACUACUAUCGCUCCGAUUCCUCUCUCGGCAUCCACGUGGACGAGUCUGAGCUCGAUCACACUCCGCCUCUUGUGUCUUUCAGCUUCGGUCAGACGGCGGUCUUCCUGCUGGGCGGGUCUAAACGUCAGGACCCACCUGUCGCCAUGUUCAUGCGCAGCGGUGACGUCAUGGUGAUGUCAGGUUCCAGUCGGUUGCUGUAUCACGCCGUUCCCUGCAUCGUUCCCGCCCCCGUUGGCCAGACCCUGCCCUCCUGCCUGGACCGGCACGUGGUCAAGGACGAGCCGAACGACAGCAUCAUCCAGACUGUGUGUGAAAAGGACUGGGAGGUGUGUUCUAGCUACCUUGAGACCUCGCGCAUUAACAUGACUGUCAGACAGGUCCUCGGUCCGGGUCAGACCUUCCCUGUCACUCAAACACACACUGUCCCAGUCACAGAACAAUCUAAGGAGACUCCGAGGGCUAAGAAAAGGAAAAGUGGGUCAGGAUAUGACCUCGAUUCAUGACCUUGGAAUCUAUGUUUUGGACUUUAUGGGGUGUUUGUGUUGUGUGUCAUAUUUUUAAGAGCUGUACAUAUGUGAAUAAAACCUAUUCUAAUGUGUGAAAGUUA